GGCCAGGUCGCGCGGGGAACAGGCGCACUCGCCCUCCAUCCGGGGCCGCCACCCUGCAUCCGCCGGCUGCAGAUGGGCGCCCGGGGCGCCGAAGAUGCGGGCGGGCCGGGGCGAGACGCCGGCGCCGGCCAGGGAGCUCUUCCGGGACGCCGCCUUCCCCGCCUCGGACUCCUCGCUCUUCUUCAACUUGUCCACGCCGCUGGCCCAGUUCCGGGAGGACAUCACGUGGCGGCGGCCCCAGGAAAUUUGUGCCACGCCCCGGCUGUUUCCAGACAAGCCCUGGGAAGGGCAGGUGAAGCAGGGGCUGCUGGGGGACUGCUGGUUCCUGUGUGCCUGCGCUGCCCUGCAGAAGGGCAGGCACCUCCUGGACCAGGUCAUUCCUCCGGGACAGCCCAGCUGGUCCGACCAGACGUACCGGGGCUCCUUCACCUGUCGCGUUUGGCAGUUUGGACACUGGGUGGAGGUGACCACAGAUGACCGCCUGCCGUGCCUUGCCGGAAGACUCUGCUUCUCCCGCUGCCAGAGGGAGGACGUGUUCUGGCUUCCCUUGUUGGAAAAGGUCUAUGCCAAGGUCCAUGGGUCCUACGAACACCUGUGGGCAGGGCAGGUGGCGGAUGCCCUGGUGGACCUAACUGGUGGCCUGGCAGAAAGGUGGAACCUGAAGGACUUGGCAGGAAGCAGUGGCCAGCAGGACAGGCCUGGGGGCCAGGAGCACAGGUCUUGCCAGCAGCUGCUCCGCCUGAAGGACCAGUGUCUGAUCAGCUGCUCGGUGCUCAGCCCCAGGGCAGGUGCCAGGGAGCUGGGCGAGUUCCACGCCUUCCUUGUCUCGGAUCUACGGGAGCUCCAGGCUCAGGACGGCCAGGGCAUCCUCCUGCUGCGGAUUCAGAACCCCUGGGGCCGGCGGUGCUGGCAGGGGCUCUGGAGAGAGGGGGGUGAGGGGUGGAGCCGGGCGGAUCCAGCAGAAGCGUCCGAGCUCCUGUCCCAGCUCCAGGAAGGAGAAUUCUGGGUGGAGGAGGAAGAGUUCCUCAGGGAGUUUGACGAGGUCACUAUUGGCUACCCCGUCACAGAGGCCGGCCACCUGCAGAGUCUCUACACAGGAAACGUGCUCUGCCACACGCGGGCACUGCCCGGGGCCUGGGUCAAGGGGCAGUCCGCAGGAGGCUGCCGGAACAACAGCGGCUUUCCCAGCAACCCCAAAUUCUGGCUGCGGGUCUCAGAACCGAGCGAGGUGUACGUCGCCGUCCUGCAAAGACCCAGGACGCGCGUGGCCAACUGGGCAGGCCGGGCCCGGGCGCCGGUGGGUGACAACCGGACCUCAUGGAGCCCAGCGAGCUUCCUGGGCAAGGACUACCAGGCCGUGGGCCUGCACAUCUGGAAGGUGGAGAAGCGGCGGGUCAGCCUGCCCAGGGUCCUGUCCGCGCCCCCCGUGGCUGGCACCGCGUGCCACGCGUACGACCGGGAGGUGCACCUGCACUGCGAGCUCUCGCCGGGCUACUACCUGGCCGUCCCCAGCACCUUCCUGAAGGACGUGCCGGGGCAGUUCCUGCUCCGCGUCUUCUCCACCGGGAGGGUGUCCCUCAGGGCCCCGGCCCACGCUGCGUCCGCGUCACUCUGCGCCAGCACUGCCGGCCCAGGGGCAGCGAGUUGCACCCCAUCGGCUUCCACGUCUUCCAGGCAAGCGCCUCACCCGGGGAGGGGCGGGGGGAGCCCCAGGGAAUUUGCAUCUUGGUCCGUGUUGUCCCGGCUCAGUCGUUUGGGCGCAUCAGCCGGGCCGGCUGGUCGCGUCGACCCAUCUCGAGGUUUCGCAAAGUCCGUGUUCGCUGGGGUCAGCCCAGGCAGCCCCCGUCUGCCGCCCUGGCUCAGGAUGACUGUCUCGAGGUCCGUUCUCCCGGGACCCAGGGCUCUGCCGGCUGCUUUGGUGGCUGUGGCCCCAGGAAGCGACUGCAGGGAGGUCCUGCCUGGGUCGUGCCCCGCAGAAUGGUCACGCACCCUGGAGCCACCCCGGGUGCAGCGCCCCCUUCCCCGUGCCUGUGUCCCUGAGUGCUGGGCGUGGAGGGGAGGACUGAGCGGGCCGGGGGGUGCCUGCCGGGAGCCGGGAAGAAGCCGCGGCCUGGUUCGUGGUAAGGAGGGCACUUAGGUGGCCAGAAGAGGGUGUGGCCCGCGCAUGCCGACUGCCGGGUGGCCACAGUCUGCCGGACAGGACUGCUGAAUCCGACAGGCAGGGAGGGUUUUCAGGUCAGACGCAAAACCGGAUGGGCAAGCAGCUCUGGAGGAGCACCCGGCCUCCCAGAGGUGGGCUGCCGGAGUCUGCAGGCGGGCCCAGCCGCAUGGCGAGGGGCUUGGGUCCCAGACAGCAGGCAAGAAGGACGAUACCGUCACUCCAUCCCAGGGUCACCUGCAGAAGGUGGGAAGGCAGGAGGGAGAGGCCGACUGUGGAGACC